ACAGGUGUGCGGCUUCCCGAAACGAGCGCGCGCACGCCUUUUCUUUUCUUUUCUUUUUCUUUCUGCCCGGUUUUGUUCACCGAGGUGAAAAUUCGCCCUCGUCCUUAAUCAUCCUCUUAGCGGGACAGGGAGAGAGGGAGAGGAGGAGGGAGGAGGAGGAGGAGGGAGUCCGUGGCCACUUCAUUUCUAGUUUCGGCUGCGUUUUUUGUUUUGUUUGUUUGUUUUUAGCAAGCUUUUCUUUUUGGAGCAAGGGGGAGAGCCCGGCCGGCUCGCUCGUGAAGAGGAAGAGGAAGCUCAUGGCCACCAAGAAGCCGUGCUCGGAUUUAAUAAAAAGGAGUCGAAGUCCGGUCGUGCUCGAGGCCGAGAUGUUUAGUGAAUUUCAGGAGUGGUGCCUCCGGACUUACGGAGACUCGGGCAAAACCAAGACAGUGACGCGCAGGAAAUACAACAAAAUCAUGCAGACGCUGUUGCAGAAUGAAGAGGCGGACGGGGUGUACGUGGACAACAGCCACAUCAACGCCAAAUUCAAAUUCUGGGUGAAAUCCAAAGGGUUCCAGGUCGGAAGCACCGUCCUGGGUGAACACAACCAGAAGGGCACUCCGGGGAAACCCGUGCUCUAUGUCCCUGUCAAAUCAACGUGCUCUGAUGGCGGACAGUCACAGGACAGUUCUCUGAAGCGUGUUGCAGUGGUGGAGGAUUUCUUCGACAUCAUCUAUGCCAUGCAUGUGGAGAUGGGCGCAGAUCCAGGAAGAGCACCUAAACACGCUGGCCAGAAAAAGACCUACAAAGCGAUUGCAGAGACAUACGCUUUCCUUCCCCGCGAGGCUGUGACCCGCUUCCUGAUGAGCUGUGGGGAAUGCCAGAAGAGGAUGCACAUCAACCCUAGCACUGCAGAGUUCAAAGAAAAUGACCGACCCACCUCACUGGUCCCAGACCUCAUCGACUACAACAUGCCUCUUACUGCCACCUACUUGAAACAGAUGAAACUGCAGUGCAUGAAUACCAACGAGCAGGAUGAGAGUUCGGUAAGCAGUGAAGACCUGGAUAUGACUGAGCCAGCAUGGGGCUCUACUGAGCGCGCUCCAGCAGCAGCGCCCAGUGGCACUCCUGAGCCACGACCAGAAAGGAAAGCCACGCCCCCACAACCCAGCAUCAAAGAGGAGGAAGAUGACUCUUCCUCGGAGAGUGCCAGCACUAAUGGACUCCCUUCUCUCGCACCUCCCACUGGUGCUGCUAUGGUGACUGGUGGCAUUUCUGUGACAGAUGGCAUGAUUCCAUAUGAAGAGAUGAAUAGCAACGGAACCACAGCACCGCUGGAUUUCAGCACCACUUCAUCCUCCUCAUCCUCAGAGGAAGGCCAGCAGCCCCUUAACCUGAGUGACAGGCUGUUGCCAGGGGUUACUCCUGUACUUGCACCAUACCCGGCUGACCCCAGCAGGAAAUACACAAUCAAAACGGAGUAUAGCAACAAGUCUCCUCAGUACAGCUCAGGAAGCUAUGACUCCGUAAAGACUGAAGUGAGCAUGUGUGCUGAAGACUCGAAUACAACACGCGCUCAGGUCAUGGAUGACGAAGAUGAUGAUCAUGAUGAUCAUGAUGACAGUGACAAGAUUAAUGACACAGAAGGUCUCGACCCCGAAAGACUCAAAGCUUUCAACAUGUUUGUACGGUUGUUUGUAGAUGAAAAUCUGGACCGGAUGGUGCCCAUCUCCAAGCAACCAAAAGAGAAGAUCCAAGCCAUCAUCGAGUCCUGCAGCCGCCAAUUCCCAGAGUUCCAGGAGCGAGCUCGUAAACGCAUUCGCACCUACCUCAAAUCCUGCAGACGCAUGAAGAAAGGAGGCUUUGAGACACGGCCCACCCCACCACACCUCACCUCUGCGAUGGCUGAAAACAUCCUGGCAGCUGCCUGUGAAAGCGAGACACGCAAUGCUGCCAAGAGAAUGCGCCUUGACAUCUACCAGAACCACGAUGAGUCAAUUACUACAGACAAACCCAGCUCCAGAGACCCAGCCGCUGUGGCCCACUCAGGCUUCUCAUUGGCUGCCUCAGCUUACUCCCAGGACCAGCUGUACACCAAUGGGGGGCUCAAUUACAGUUUCCGUGGUUACGGAGCCCUAGGCAACAGCCUGCAAAGCAGUGCAACAGCACAGAGCAAUGGUCCCACUGACUUGAGUAUGAAGUCUGUGGGCUCCAGCUCCUCCUCUUCUAGCUCUAACAGCCACGGUCAGGGUGGUGGAGGCGGAGGAGCGUCGGCUCAACUCAGCCCUCCUGAAGUCACGGCAGUGCGGCAGCUCAUCGCCGGCUAUCGUGAGUCUGCCGCCUUCCUGCUCCGCUCAGCUGACGAGCUUGAAAACCUCAUUCUACAGCAGAACUGAGAUUCCACAGUCACACACACACACACACUCGUAUGCACAGACAUACAUUCACAAACACAUGAGCAGAUGUGCACAGAUAGCAGCAUACAUGAAUUGGGAUAUGCACACAGCACAUUAAAAGGUAUAUGUAGCUACAUGGCCACAAGCAGAUGCACAGAUGUACUACAAAUACACACACACACACACACACACACACACACAGUCCCCUUUCUUUAUAGAGCUACCUACUACAUUCUUCAUGAUAGCCUUAUUGUCAUUAUAGUGUCUUUGCCCUAUUCCCUUUGCCCUCAGUUAGAUUUGUAACAGGGCACAACUCUCUGUACAAGGCUUCGAUAAACUACUUUUCUCUUAAUGCCAAAGGCCAUGAUCUGAGAAAGGCCUGAUCUGUGAGGCUGUGCAGUUACAUGACCAACACAGGUUUGACUUUAAAAUGAUGUCACUGUACAGAGCUCAAUCUAUGAUGCAAAAGCCAUCUGAAGGCUGACUACUGAGAAACACUGCAGCACUUGAGGGAAAGAGAUUUGCAUGAUUCUACACAAUCAGUUUGGUAUAACCCAGUAUUCGGAGCAUGACUAGAGCAAACAGCGAACUAUAUCGUUUCCUGUGCAUCGUGUUUGGAUCAUCACCAUCCAAUAGUCACUGACCAUUAUUUUCACAACUGGAGUGUUUAUAGGGUGUGGGAUCCUUUGCAGCUACAUGGAGAGUUGUAGCAUAGGUGUGCAGUCGACGCACUGACGUGUAAAUGUAAUUGAAUUUCAUGAAAAUUAAGUAGACACCUACCGGUAAUAUACACAAACUGAUCAUUCUCCUAAAAUUUCAUAGUGCUCGUUGAUGAGCCAAAUUGUUUGGAUUUCUUCUUCCAACCCGCUCUCGGUCAGCUAUGCGACAAGUACAAACGGGGUCGAAUGACUUGAGAACCAGCCACACCAAAAGAUAGAACACAAGCUAUCAAAAUCUGGUUUUGCCCAGCUAGACUCAUGGGUACAAAAUGACUCUGCUCAACAGCUGCUGGUGCACUGUCUGCAUAUUCAAGCCCUAGUUAGAUUCUUAAAACUUUAAACUAGGGGUGCAUUUUGGGUAACGGGCUACAUUACACUUAGCCUAAUAUCAGGUGGGCUGGACCAAAAAAUCAGUUCAGUAGCCCAAUAACUCCUCAUAAAUGUUCAUUUUUCUGCAAUUAUUUAAAAGUUGUGCAUGAACUGAACAUAUAGCUCUUGCAAAACAGAUUGACAGACUGCAAUUCAUUACCAAAAAAUACUCCUAAUUUUUCAAAUUUUGGUUUUACCAUACAGUAUCUUGCAUAACUAUUUGCCCUUCUUAAACUUGUCCACAUUUUGGACUGAAGAAUUCCUUAUCAUUCACACUUUUUUUAAUAUAUAUAUAUAUAUAUAUUUCCCAAUUUUGUCUACCAAUUCCCGCCUCCCAGCCUUUCAUACAACAGCUAUCAACCAGAGAGGAGGAACGCUAAUGUGUGUUUCUUCUGAGACAUGUAAAGCCAGACAGCUGCAUCUUUUCAAACUGCUGGUGCUCAUGCUGUGUCACAUGGCAGCGUAACACUCUUGGAGGAAUGUGCUAUUUGCUCCCUGCCACUUACAUGAGCUCACAGACUGGCACAAUUCACCAGUGUCACUGUGAUUGAUUGGGUGUACAGUAAUGCCAUCCCUUCUACCCAGAGCACAUGGGCAAGAUCGUUCCCUUGAUGCCGGGCAUGGUUGGCUAUGGCACUGGUGGGAUUCGUACUCGCAGUCUCCUGACUAUUAUUAGCUUAUUUUUAUCUCCUCCUCUAGUAAAAUAACAGAGAUUAGCUCUUUUUUUGGAUUUCAAGUUAAAAAAUUUCCCACAAGACCGUUUUAAUUCAGCACAUGGUUUCUAAGUUCAUUUGGUGGGCUGGUUUAGAACCUUUAUUCUCAUUGUCCUAACUGACAGAUCUUAUAUAAUUGGUACCCUUGCUUUAAAUGUUUCAAACAAAUAAGUAUGGGAAGUUGUCAUCGAGACAAACCUGUAGUAUACACUAUGGAGAUACCAUCAAAGAUGAAGGAGGAGAAACUGUAAGAUACCUAAUAUUUGAUUAAUGUUACUGAGGUUGGGUAUAAGGUGCAAUGUAUAUGACAAUAUUUUUUGUGUGUUGUCUGAAAAUUUAACAUAGACACACUUUUUAUGACAUAAUUCCAUUCUUUACAUACAUUUAUUCUUUCUCAUAUAUAAAAAACAAAACAUACAAACAAAAAAAUGUAUUUAAUAAUUUGAUGUCGACUGCUACAGAUGUUUAAAUUCUGUCAAAUGGGCAUGUUAGACUGUUGGACAUUAUGCAAACAAAGCUGCGCUGAGAUACUUAAAACCCCACUCUCAACCCCUCCUCCACACCCCAUUGCCUUUGCAACCCUUUAUCCUCAGCACUGCAAUGACUUCUGGGAAACGUGCUCACAGAGAGGGAGAAAAAAAAAGUACAAAAAAAGACAAAGGACUACAUUUCCCAUGCUGCAUUGCAAACAAAUUUUGUUAAGUUGUGAAUGCUGCUCUUGUUUUCUAACCUCAUGACUAUGUCACUUUCAUACCGCACGGGGACCAAUUGAAAUCAUCAGAGGGAUUUAUUUAUGUACAUAUGCAUACAUGUUUAAGCAAAGGGACCUAAUUAUCGGUGGAAAUAGGCCAAAGCUUAAAAAAACCUCCAUACUACUUAUGUCAUAAUUUAUGUAAUGUCAAGUCUUACCAGGUGAUUUUUGAUUGGCUGGACACCUCAGUGAUUUGCAGAACAAUUAGAGGUGUAACACUUCCAUCUCCUAUUCCUGUCAUGGAAAUUCAGUUGAAUGAUAUAGCGCACAAAGCUAUUUUACACUGCACACUAUGACUCUGAGCUCCCUUUUGCUUGUCUCAUGCCCCCAUUUUAAUUUCAAACAUGUCACCAAAUUCAGGCCUCGCACAAAGAGACACUGUAUUUAAAAAAAAAAAAGAAAAGCAAAAGACAAUCCUGGAGAAGUUGAUUUAAACAGUGUAAAGUUAUGUGAGCUGUGUGUCUCAAGCCUUCAAGUAGUAUAGCAACCUUCCAAGUGUUGUACCUAUCACCACAAAAUUACAGUGAACCAGAUAACUUUUCCUACUGGGGUGUCAGGUAAGGGGAGCAAUGCAUUUCCACUAGUUAACUGUACCCACUUUUUUAAUCUGAUGCUUCUGUGUAUUUUAUAUUAUUUUAUUAUUAUUUUCAUUACUUUAUAUGUAUAUGUCUGCAAGGUUUAUAAAGUUCUGUAUGUAUGCCUCUAGAGGGAACUGUCACGUUGUUUAGAACCAAAAUCAAACUUUAGCCAAUUGUGUGUCGAACAGGAAACUAAAAUACACAGGAGAAUAAUCUGAUAAAGUAUCGACAGUAAUCAUCAUUUGGUUUCACGUCAGAUUAUAUCUUAAAUUAAAUGAACCUGAAAUGUAGCACUUUAUGGCUUGGUUAAUUUAGUAAAUGUCUUAAAUCUGGAAUCAUAAAGUAUAACAUGAGGGAAAAAGUAUAUGUUACUAUACUCAGGCCAUAUGUUUAGAGUAAUUUAUUUAUUUAUUUGAUGAACAUUUAUUUAACACAGAGAAGGCAAAAUGUCCUUGUUUCUGAAAGAUGCACUUGUUUUGGUGAGACCUGCAUCCAAACAGAAAAUGGACUCCAUAUAUUGGCAGUUCGUUGUCGGACGCUGUGAGGAACAAUUUGAUGAAGGGAUCAAUUUGAUUUCCCAUUAGUACUUAAAAGAAAUGUAAGGUAGAGUUGUUCAAACAGUGCUGGAAUGCCCACUUGCUCUACAUUAUAGUUUUUUGUUUUUGUUUUUUUUUUAAUAUUAGAUUUCAUGUGAAAUGAGAUUAGUAAUGUAUUUAUGUUCAUAUUUGUUUGAGAACAAGGUCCAAGAGCUGUGUAACUCUUCACAAGGCAAAAUGCAAGAUACACACACACACACACACACAGACAUAAACAGGCUCACAAACACACAAUGAAAAAAAAAUGGAGGUAAAAAAAAAAGAAAUGCUAUGACUUAUUUUUUUAUGAGUGCAGCAGCAGAGGUCUGCAGUGUGGUAACAACCAUUGCCUGUGUUCUUUUCAUUUGUGGUGCUUUGUAAGAUUAUUGUUAUUGUUAUUACUAUGAUUAUUGUAUUUGAUUUGUUUCUACUCCUGUACCUGCCUGGAAACUGUUGGCUGAAGCCUAGUUUCUCUUUGUAUACCAAUGUGAAGCUUUGUAUUAUUUCUUUCUGGUUCUGACUCAGUGGAAGUGUGUGAUGUUUACAUGUACAGAGGAUUAGAUUCUUUUUGUUGUUGGUUUAGUUUUUCUUUCUUUUUUCUUUCUUUUUUUUGUUUUUCUUUUGGAAGACCCACAUAUCCAGCCUCAGUUUGUAACUUCAAGUUGUUUCUUUAAUCUUGUGCAUGGAGGGGCAAUGUUAUGUUAGAAAGUUAUAGAGACUUGGUUAAACCACUGUUAAGGUCCUUGCACACUUAUAACGCAUAAAGUGAAUAUUUGUGACUGUCAUUUGUCCGCGGUGGUUCAUGUUAUUGUCCCAGAACAUGAGAAAAGUCGCAUUGUGCUUUUAUUCCUCAGACAUGAGUCUAGUACAACUGUUAUAGAAGCCUGUUUUCAUUUGCAGGUGUGUGUUACCUCUCUGUUAAACACUGUUCAGUUUUUGCACUUGAGAAGUGUGUUACUUCCUCAGCAUUAGUUCAGAAUGAAUCAGGGUUGGGAUCCAUGUGCAAGGGCCUUGAGAGACGACAUUUCAGUCACUGCUUGUGGAUGAAGGUGCUGGAUCAGAAAAAAAAAAACAGAGAGAGAGAGAGCUUCUUAUUAGCUCAAAGUGCAACACCACUUGUCCUUCCCAUAAUGCUACAUAAUGGACCUGAUGGUUAAUGAGCUUCAAAUGAUUUUUUUAUUCCUACUUUCACAAAGACUUGAAACAAAUAUUUUACAAGUAAAGCCAGUGAUAUGGGGAAAGCGUAGCCUCCCUCAAACUGGUACAUUUAACUAGAGAUUUCCAAUGUGGUUAAGGCCUGCUAUAUUCGAAUUUGCACUUUGACCUUUUGUAGAAGCUUCUCAGUGAUUUUAAAAGCCAUUCCCCUCAUGUUGUUUGCCCAUAUGGGGAACAUAGGAACCUCAGGAACUGUUGAAUCUCUGAGUUUUUUUUUUUUUUUUUAAUCCAGGCCAAUAUGUCCUGACUGACCAGUCCUCAUGCUCUCUCUCAGCAACCACAUCAUUUAUAUCGAAUUUGCUAUAUAUCCUUUUUAUAUUUAUUAUUGUGAUUUAAAAGUGAAUCUUCUUUUCAGUACAUGUGGCUGAAUAUUUUAAUUCUUUAGAAAAGUGUUGAUAAAUAUAAAUAUAUAUCUGAAUAUAUGUGAAGCAACUAAAAGAUGGAAAACAUGGCAGGUAAUUCCAUUUAUGUUUGUUUCAUGCAAAAAAAAAAAAGAAGAGGAAGAAAAAAAAUACUCAGGUGGGAGAGUUUCCCACCUAUUACAUAUCACUUUGAUCAGAGACUCAUUAUUGUCUGAAAAAGACUCUUUUUACAUUUUCAAUGUGGUGUCGGUGUUACAGUCUGAAAAACUGUCGGGUUUUCCACCUGCUGCAAAGUUGCUAGUUCCUUUCCUCCAGAGGUGUGUGUCUCCGAGUUGCUGAAUAAAACAGUGAGCUGCA